AAUCGGGUACCUUCCCAAGCGGCACCUGGCGCGAGGUUGCUGCGAACGGUGAGAUCGGUCCCCGGAGCCUAGGAAGCUCUCUAUGAGGUGAGAGUCGGCAGGACCUGGACAGCCUCCCAUUUCCCAGGCGGACCCCCUAAGGCCUAGAGACUGGCACAGCACGUCAGCUGGACAGCCUGCCGCGGAUCCAGCCCCCUUAGCCGCGCCUGGGUUCCAUCUCCUGUCACCAGUCCUGGCUUGGUGACACCGGACAGACCUAACGUUGAUGGGAGAACUCGGGUGGUGUUCUGCAAAAUCAAAGAACAUGAUAAGGAAUUGGCUGCUUAUUUUUAUCCUUUUCCCCCUGAAGCUUGUAGAGAAAUGUGAAUCGACUGUCAGCUUCACCGUGCCUCCUGUUGUGAAACUGGAAAAUGGCAGUUCAACCAACGUCAGCAUCACCCUGGGGCAGCCAUUAAAUGCAACCUUGGUGAUCACUUUUGAAAUCACAUUUCAUUCAAAAAAUAUUACUAUCCUUGAACUCCCUGAUGAAGUUGAAGUGCCUCCCGGAGUGACAAAUUCCUCUUUUCAAGUGACUUCUCAAAAUGUUGGACAAGUGACUGUUUAUCUGCAUGGAAAUUAUUCCAAUGCAACCAGCCCAAGGAUACGCUUCUUGGUGAUCCGCAGCAACACCAUUAGCAUCAUAAACCAGGUGAUUGGGUGGAUCUACUUUGUGGCCUGGUCCAUCUCCUUCUACCCUCAGGUGAUCAAGAACUGGAGGCGGAAGAGUGUCAUUGGUCUGAGCUUCGAUUUUGUGGCCCUGAACCUGAUGGGCUUUGUGGCCUACAGCGUGUUCAACAUCGGCCUCCUGUGGAUACCCUACAUCAAGGAACAGUUUUUCAUCAAAUAUCCCAAUGGCGUGAACCCUGUGGACAGUAAUGACGUCUUCUUCAGCCUGCACGCAGUUGCCCUCACCCUGAUUGUCAUCGUGCAGUGCUGCCUGUAUGAGCGAGGCAGCCAGCGUGUGUCACGGCCCGCCAUCGGCUUCCUGGUACUCUUGUGGCUCUUCGCCUUCAUCACCAUGAUUGUGGCUGCAGCUGGGGCAACCACAUGGCUGCAAUUUCUCUUCUGUUUCUCCUACAUCAAGCUUGCUGUCACACUGGUCAAGUAUUUUCCACAGGCCUACAUGAACUUUUACUACAAAAGCACUGCGGGCUGGAGCAUUGGCAAUGUGCUCCUGGACUUCAUAGGGGGCAGCUUCAGCCUCCUCCAGAUGUUCCUCCAGUCCUACAAUAAUGACCAAUGGACAUUGAUCUUCGGAGACCCAACCAAGUUUGGACUUGGCGUCUUCUCCAUCUUCUUUGAUGUUGUCUUCUUCAUUCAGCACUUCUGUUUGUACAGAAAGAGACCAGGGUACGAGCAGCUGACCUAGCACCCAGAGACCUAGUGUAAAUGGCCAAGACCCUGGGCCCUGGUGGGUAAGGCUGCACCCAGCAAACACCAGAGAAGAGGUUGGUGUGCAGGGCUGGCUCGGAUGUGCUGACAGAGGAGAAGUGCUCUCUUCCUCAGGGCCAGUGCCUUAAACUCAACCAGCCUGCCUUCAUCCAGUUCUCUCUGGGACAGACACCAGACUCUGCUCCAAGACUGAAAGCUAGACCUCAGGCUGUCCCUCCCAGCCUCCCCAGAAGUCUCAGCCCCUCCCAGGCCUCAAGGGCCAGGCAUCUGGCCUUCCUGCAUCUUGAUGCUCCAUCUUUUUUCUUUAAGGCUUCAGGCAGCACACACAGGUCCUGACAGCCAUCUCAGGUGGAACUGGGUGCAGAACUUGCAGCUGAAGGCCUUUCCCCAAACAACCAAUGUUUCUGGGCGCACCUUGAAGGGCUGACCUUGCAGCCAGGAGAGCCAAGGGCACUUUGCUGCCACUGCUGUGUUCCCAGAGACCAAGUAGCCAGGUGCUGUGGCCAGUGGACUCAAAGGUGCUGGUGCUGGUGGCGGAGGGGAGAGGAUUUGGGGGUUAGGCCUUGGGGUCCUUUGUCUGAAGGUCCCCAAGACUCUCAUUCUACAUAACUCAGAUUCUACAACAGCAGUACAGAUGGCCCCAGCCAGGGCCUGGUGAAGAGGAUUUCUGAACCUUGAGAUGCCUGCCAGAUCGAUUCUGAAGUGAACUGAUGCCCAAUGCCCUCUGGAACUUUAUCAUACAAAGUCAGAUACCACACUAACUCCAUUCAGGUUUUUUGAAGGGAUGUUAUGGAAGUGGCAUACUUUCUUUUGUCCUCUCUCCUACCUCCACUUUUUGAGUCAGAUGGGGCUCCAUCUGAACCCACAGUGCUCCUAACCCAGCACCUGUACAACAGGACACACUCUACCGGCCUGUGCCUUAGAGGCCUGUCAGACCUACCAAGUGGUAAGCAUAUUUCCCCCAAGGGGAGGGCAGGCCCCCUUCCCUUUUCCCAGGCCCCUGAGAUGCUCUAAUUUGGGGGCUUCAAAGUAAUUGAUACUAUCUCACACAAUGCUUGUGGGCAUAAUCUUAAUCUCAAACCUCCUUCCCUCCCACCCCAACCUAUUGUCCUUCCUAGGGCAGGAAGGGAGGGUCCCAGGAUGUGCCUUGAGUUUGCUGGCCCACACAUUUUUUACUACAAGGCCAAUGUAAGCGGCCUAUAUCCUUUUUGUUUUCAUGGUGCUUGUAUCCUUAAUUAAAACCUGGCUUGUUUCUUUCUGCACACUCAAA